AAGGGUCAAGCGUCACCCAUCACCCACCAAAAAAAAGAUUUUAACGAGAGUGCUUCCUCCUCGAUAAACACGCGCGCAUGCAGGACUCGCACACAAGCAGCAUUCUUUCAGGCGCGAACAACUCCACGACACAUGCAUACGGCACUUGGCAAACAAACUGGUUUAUGCCAGUGCGGACCACACACCCCACCACCAUCACCCCUUCCACCUCCACCUCGACCCAGAGGCUCAGAUUAGCCAAUCGCAGUGACGUCUGACAGCCGCCGUACCCUCGAGGUAGAGGUGGGCUUAUAAAUGACUGACGGCGGCUCAUCCGCAGAACCUGGUGGGCGUAGAGCAGCAGGGGAUGACGGCUGACUGAGGUGACAGACAGACAGUGACACUUGGACUUGUCAUACAGCCUUCUGUCAAGGGCAUUGGGGGUCUUUCAUUGACAUUGUUUACAACUCUGUCUCUGUCAUGAUCCAGGGAGAGUAAAGCAAGAUAAGGAUGUGUGGAAAAGAUUUGUGGACUCAUUUUGAUCUAUUUUAUCUGUUCUAUAAGACGCCAGCACUCCUUGAGUUCAUUUCAAUCCCCUUCAAGAAAGCCUGCACGUAAUUUGGCGAAAGUUCUCGCAUGUUGCAUCGAAAAGUUCCUCAUGUGUCCUGACCUUUAGGAAUGCAUCUAGCUGUUCCAAAUAAAGAUGCCAGCGAGGCUACAUACUGUACCUCAUUACACAGCCAGGCCUCGGCUAGUCCAUUACAUUACACGGUAAUACAAGCCAUAGGCAGGGCACAUGGGCUGGACGCUGGAGAGGCCUUUCUCAGCAGAUUAUUUUGGGCUCACUACUGUGUCAUUAUACAGCCUCCCGCUCUGUAUUUAAGCCUGCUGAUUGCAGGGCUGAGAUUGGGCAGGGCUGAGGUGGGCUCUCCCUCGAUUGAGUUGAGGGCUUCGACAUCAGCUCGUGCCGUUUUUGAUGUGUUUUGUGGCGAGAGGGUGGCCCCGGGGCCCCGUUGUUCUGUGCAGCCAGCCCCCUCUCCAUGUCAGACACUCCUUCUGGGUUUAUUUUUCUCACUUCUCCUCAUCCCUCCUCUCUGUUGCUUGUCUGUCUUUUCUAUAGGUCUGAUCUGUGGCGUCUUCUGAAAGGGGAUGCAUGUGUGUGUGUUUGAGAGAGAGAGAGAGAGAGAGAGAGUGAUACGCGCGUGCACGUGCGCGCCCCUCCCUAUAAUCAGCCACCGACGGGAGGGGGCGGAGCCGAGGCGCUGUGACUGUAACGCGAUAGCUGCUCAGCUCAAAAGCGCGAUCACUCUCACACACUCUCUACACACACCUCCCAGACUCGUACCACAGGACACACGCCGGUGUCGGAUCCGCUACCAGAUAGAGAGAGACACACACACACACACAGGAGAGCGUAGCGGUGCCGCAGGAGCUGGCGUGGUCUGUCAUGAGCGGUCUUUUGGAGAGCCGGAGCGCAGCGCAGAGCUUUUUUUUUUAAUUUAUUGCUGUGUGACAUUUUUAAAAAGCAGCUUCUGGCACUCGGACUGAGGUUUCCGGGGCUUUGAGAGCUGUUAGUUUGGACUUUAGCUUGCCCACUGCCCAGCGCCCUACAGGAGAAACAGCCCCUCGUGUGCGCACAGUUCGCUGGGGACGCAAAAAGGAACAUACGGGGACCGGGAGCCUCUCAGUCGGAACUUGAAGCACCCCUGGAGUCCGCUCUCCAGACCCUCCGGAGCGCACAUAUCGCCCGAAGCCCCCGCAGCUGCGGAACGCACGCUGUAUUGAUCAAGGAGUUCGUUUUUGGAUGAGGUUUAGUGGCACCGCAAAUGGACAGACUUAAAAGCUUAAAGGUUUGCGCGCAUAAUAAUAAAGAAAAUCAAUGAAUUUCUUCAGUGACAUGUAGGUGGCACAUAGUUUUCCACCAAUGGUUAAAUAAACGCCGUGGGAUUACUGAAGUGGUCUUGCUCCGACUGCUGUAUUUGAUCCGAGGUGGAUUUUUUUUUAUUUAUUUGUUAUUUUUUUUAUUUUUUUUGGAGGAACAGCCGUAGUUUUAUAUUCUUCGAGGUGGAAACAUUAGAAACUUAAAGCUCUGCACGUGUUUCCGCGUCGUUCAAGAUGGAUUUUGUGUCACCGCUGAUUGGAUUUUUAAUGGCAAUGUGUCAUCUGGCAUUGAGAGUCAGAGGAGAAGAUGCCGCAGCAUUAGAGUGCGGAGGCGUCCUUGACGCCAGCGAGGCGGGUUACAUCACCUCCCCGGGUUACCCUCUGGAGUACCCGCCUCACCAGAACUGUCACUGGAUCAUCACGGCGCCGGAGCCCUCGCAGCGCAUCGUCCUCAACUUCAACCCACACUUUGAGAUCGAGAGGCUGGACUGCAAGUAUGACUUCAUCGAGAUCCGCGAUGGGACCUCGGACACCGCUGACGUUUUGGGUCGACACUGCAGCAACAUCGCCCCAGCGCCGAUCAUCUCAUCUGGACCUUCUCUCCAGAUCAGAUUCGUCUCAGACUACGCCCACCAGGGGGCGGGCUUCUCGCUGCGCUACGAGAUCUUCAAAACGGGGUCAGAAUUCUGCUUCCGCAAUUUCACCAGCCCCUCUGGUAUGAUCGAGUCCCCGGGCUUCCCGGAUAAGUACCCUCAUAAUCUGGAGUGCUCCUACAUGAUCAUCGCCCCGCCCCACAUGGACAUCACCCUCACCUUCCUGACCUUUGACCUCGAGAACGACCCCCUGCUGGUGGGAGAGGGAGACUGCAAGUACGACUGGCUGGACGUUUGGGAUGGCCUGCCGCAAGUGGCUCCGCUGAUUGGCCGCUACUGUGGGACGAAGAUCCCUCCAGAGAUCCAGUCGUCCUCGGGCCUGCUGUCCCUCUCCUUCCACACCGACAUGGCCGUGGCCAAAGACGGCUUCUCCGCCCGCUACAACAUGACGCACAAAGUAGUCAGCGACUUGUUCCACUGUAGCAUGGCGCUCGGUAUGGAGUCGGGGAAGAUCAGCGAUGAUCAGAUCACCGCUUCCACAACCUUCUACGACAACCGCUGGUUACCGCGCCAGGCCCGCCUCAACAACAACGAUAACGCCUGGACGCCGUCGGAGGACAGCAACAAGGAGUACAUCCAGGUUGAUCUCCACUUCCUGAAGGUUUUGACGGGCAUCGCCACACAGGGCGCCAUUUCCAAGGAGACGCAGAAGUCCUACUACGUCACUACGUUUAAACUGGAGGUCAGCACCAACGGGGAGGACUGGAUGGUCUACCGGCACGGAAAGAACCACAAGAUUUUCCACGGCAACACAGACCCAGCCGAGGUGGUUCUGAACCGCGUUCCGCAGCCGGUUUUGGCCCGCUUUGUUCGGAUCCGACCACAGACCUGGAGGAACGGCAUCGCCCUGCGUUUCGAACUCUAUGGAUGUCAGAUUACAGAUGCUCCAUGUUCAGACCUGCAGGGUCUGCUGUCCGGCCUGCUCCCCGACGCGCAGAUCUCAGCCUCCUCCAGCAGGGACAUGGUCUGGAGUCCCGGGAGCGCCCGUCUGGUAGCCAGUCGCUCCGGCUGGUUCCCCGCGCCCGCACAGCCCUUGGCUGGGGAGGAGUGGCUUCAGGUGGACCUGGGCGUGCCCAAAACGGUGCGCGGAGUGAUCACCCAGGGAGCGCGGGGAGGAGACGCAGGAAGUGGGGCGACCACCGAUAAUCGGGCGUUUGUCAGGAAGUACAAAGUGGCGCACAGCUUGAAUGCGAAAGACUGGAAUUUCAUCAUGGACAGCAAGACUAGUCUGCCCAAGAUAUUUGAGGGGAACACACACUACGAUACCCCGGAGCUGCGUCAUUUCGAGGAGACGGUGGCCCAGUACAUCAGGUUGUAUCCAGAGAGGUGGUCUCCAGCGGGAAUUGGGAUGAGAGUGGAGAUACUGGGCUGUGACCUUCCAGAAACGAGCACGCCAGCUGACACCGCCACGCCAUCCCUGCCUGCCGACAUCGAAACCACCACAGUUCCCGUUACGACUACAGUGGCCACCUCUCCUCCAUCAGACAGCGUGUGUGACUUUGACCACGGCCUGUGUGGGUGGACUCACGACCCCAGCGCCCCUCUCCUCUGGUCCCUGCACAGCCACGAGCUCAACAGCUAUCUGUACAUGGACGCCAGCUUAAAGACAGAGCAGCAGCGAGCCCGCCUCGUCAGCCCCGUGGUGGCGGCCGACACUGGGCCCCUCUGCCUCGUCUUCUCCUACCAGCUGUCGGGCGAGGCCCAGGGCCACCUUAAAGUCCUGCUGCGGGACGCACACAAUGAGGAGACUGUCGUGUGGACGCUGAAAGACGAUCAGGGUCCUGUCUGGAAGGAGGGUCGCACCAUCCUGCCUCGUUCCCCUAAAGACUUCCAGGUUGUGAUGGAGGGUUUCUUUGUGCACGGCACCAGAGGACACAUCUGGAUAGACAACAUCCACAUGAGUUCGAGCAUCCCUCUGAAAGAGUGUACACAACCCUUUGCUGCUUUCCCUCCUGAAAAUCCAGUUAAGAGACCCAAUGGUGGGCGACUUUUCAGUGGCAGAGACCCUCUUGGUGGAGUUUUACAAUUACCUGAGGGGAACACAGUAUCCCCAUCAUCUGAGCCUCCAGUGACCCGUGUCUCAGAGAAGGACAACUCCUGGCUAUACACUCUGGACCCCAUCCUGGUCACCAUCAUCGUCAUGAGCUCCCUGGGCGUCCUGCUCGGUGCUGUGUGCGCUGGUCUCCUCCUGUACUGCACCUGCUCCUACAGCGGCCUGUCGUCACGCUCCUCCACCACCCUGGAGAACUACAACUUCGAACUGUACGACGGCCUCAAGCACAAGGUCAAACUGAACCAACAGCGCUGCUGCACCGAGGCGUGAGGAGGCCGAGGGAGGAGGGGGGAACUCGAAAGGAUUCGGAGUGAGAGCGAAAGAUACAGCCAUUUUGUGAAAACCUCUCACUGCUGACUUCAUUUCCUCCAGUCCACUUUAGUGUCGGUUUACUUCCUCGGUGGCGCAGAUCCCCAGACGCACGGACAACAACAAAAGCCACUUUUUAGUUCAAAUGAGAACUCUGCUUGGGAGAUGUGACACAGUGUUGGUAGUGUUGGUAGAGAGAAAGACUGAGGUUGCCCAGCUGGACUGUUCCAUGUAGGGGAUGUUAGGCCUCAAAAAAUAAAUAUCACACAUAUCAAUUACGGAUUCCUGCUCCACCAAAAUAGAGGUGUUUAUAAAUGCAUCAUAGAUUUGUAAGAGGUCUAGUUUUGAAAAUGGAUGCUGUAAGCUACACAUACCGAGUCAGAGCACAUUGUGUUGGAAAGGUGGUAGGUUAGGAACGUGCUUAGAAAGCGUCUUUUUUGAUCACAUGUGAACACAGUGGCCUAGAACUUAGCUCCUUCGUGUGGCCCGUUGGCCUUUUUGUUCUGUCGUAGACUCUGCUACCUAUCAGCUUCUGUUAUCCUCUUAGUUCCUGACAGUCUGUGGUAUUUUUAGUCACUGACGUCCAUCAAGCUUGUCUUUCGGUCACUCUCUUUCUGUUUAAUGUUUUUGUUCUGGCCUAUUGCCAGUCUGUGAUGGCAGAUAAGUAGAAAAAGAGGCAAAGUGUAUGUGUGUGUGUAGAGGUGGGGAUGGGGGGGGGGCAUUUUAACACAUUCUUUUUAACGACAGAGAAAGUUAUUGUUAGAUUUAGUUGUUACUGGUUCCUGUCAAAGAGAAGGUCAAGUUUACAUUGUGGUUAAUGGUGAAAGGUCAAGGAGCUUUUGAUCGGUGCAACCUAUGGAUUGCUGGUAAGGGCAGAGACUGAAAACCACUGAAGAAAGAGGAAGAAAGGGAGAGCGAGAGAGACUGACAAAGCGCUAAAAUCCCCAGCCUCUCGCUAACAGGGGAAAUGUUCUCCCUGUGCUUUCACAAGGACAAAUAACAACUGGGAUCAAAAGCAAAUGCACAGCCAGAAACAACUCUUCUAAAUCGACUGACUGUGUGCCUGGACGCACAGCAAGCCUUAAAAGCAAACUGUCCGUUGAAAAAGGAACUCUGAGGCGACAGCGAAACACGAGAGGAGGUACCGCUCUCUCUCUUUUUACAUGUGGACCUCAAAAGCCAUGAUUUAAAGGACCUACUACCCCCCUCCCCACCAAACUCACACAUACACACAGAUCACACUAGCCCCACCUCACAACUACUGGCUAAUUGUGGCCUAUUCUUCUGAAGUACUUUUUGUUUUCUUUAUGUCGGCUCUUGCACAGCAAGGCGCACAUUCGUCGGACGGUUUUGAACAAAACAGAAACGGUCUCGGUCUUGCACACCCUGGACUCAUAAGCCAUGAGAAGGAGGGGGUGAGAGUGUCUGAAUUCCCUCCCCUGCACAUGCACAUUCACAUUACUUCACGUGUAUAUACAGAUGUGUAUACAGACACCCUCUCUCGCUCAGAAACACAUGAAACUUUGGACACACACACACAUUAAAAGGCACUUAGACCUGAAAGUGAAGAGAACAGUGUCUGCUGCUGAGAAGCCAGAGGUACAUAUAUUUGAGGCCAUGGAGUACAUAAGUGCUAUGGAUUCACUACACACACACACACUCAAAAUUUCAUCCCAUUUUCCGCCACCACACACACACACAAGCCGUCUCUCUCCUCUGAGGCCCACUUCUCUGGACCCCACUGACUCUCUACAAAGUGCCUUGGAGCCUCGGGGAUCCAGCUUGCCUUUGGAGCCAGUAUCAGAUACAUUAAUUUGACACUGACAGUGACAGUCACAGCACCCCCUUCUGCCUGGGAGGACCAAACAAAAACGUAAAAAGGACAGGAUCCCCCUCGUUUCGCACUGCUCGGACUGCUGUUGUUGUUGUUUUAAAGGGGUCUUUGUACAGAAAUUCUCUUUUUAUGAUUGUUAUUAUAAUUAUUGUUAUGAUUAUUUAAUAAAGGAUUUAUACCAUAAGGAAUAA